GUGAGCUGAUCAGAGAGAAAGCAUUCUGCCAGCCCAGCGCCUGCAAAUCGCAAUCACUUCCUAACCUCCCCCUUUUUAACAUAUUUGAUCACUUUGAUUCUCUGUUCUUCUUCUCCUUAUUUUUACGCGCAUGAAGGAGGUUCUAUAGGUUGUGAUCUUUUUGUUUUAUUAUCAGUCUUGCUUGCCGGAGAGUUGACUUCAUAUUUGACUCAAGCACAGGCUUCAGCUGCGCGCUGCUGCUAGCGCAACCUCAAUUGAAGAAAAGGAAGAAGCAGCAAUAUUUUUGCCAGUUGUUGGUUUUCUUCAAGACUCGCACUGGAACUUAGUGUUGCUCGCUCCCUGCAUACGCCAGCUGUGCGAUUUUGUGCUUCGCCUCACCGCGUUUCUCGAAGUCUCUGGUCUGUUUCUUAAAUAUCGCAUUUUGUCAGCGCAAUUAUUUUCCCUUUUCCUUCAUGGGUUUCCUGGAUGGAUGAGUGCAAGCGCCCCUGGACUUGGCCUCCAAGAGCAAGGCUGCGAUUCGGCUCGUCUUCGCAUCAGUUUUGACCAUAUGUUCGACAACGUUCCGAAAACAAAGAAAUAGGCUGCACUGUCAUUUUUGCGCAAGUUUCUACGGACAAUUCGACUUCACAUUACCGACGGUGAAUUAUUUAUUUUCGCCCAUACCGAAAAAUAUCGUGAGACAUUCUACAGAGACGCAUCAUCACGAAACCAAAAACGGAAGACAAAAAGUUUUUUAACGUUGACUGAUAGAUAUGGCAAUGGUAGUGUGGAGAGGCUCCCAGGACGAUGUGGCAGAGACCCAGGGCACUCUCUCCUCGCAAGCCCAAGGAGGACUAUCUCUUCCGACCCCUCAACCAGGCCAGCUGAAUCUAACGGCCUCUCAGGUUGCCCCUCCGACCCCUCACACACCCGUUCAAGGACCUCCGAAUAACACGGCGCAGUCUACGCCGACGAACCAGACGACGCAAAGUCAGUCGGAGAAGCAACCACAGCAUAUAGAAUGCGUGGUUUGCGGGGACAAAUCGAGCGGUAAACACUAUGGUCAGUUCACUUGCGAGGGGUGCAAAAGCUUCUUUAAACGGAGCGUACGGAGGAACCUCACUUACACUUGCCGUGCCAACAGGAAUUGUCCCAUUGACCAGCACCAUCGCAAUCAGUGUCAGUACUGCCGCCUCAAAAAAUGCCUGAAAGUUGGCAUGAGACGGGAAGUUUCUCUUUUUACCGCAGCUGUGCAAAGGGGACGGAUGCCACCCACACAGCCUCACCAUGGUCAGUUCGCCUUGACAAAUGGGGACCCUCUGCACUGCCAUUCCUACUUAUCCGGAUAUAUCUCUCUUCUGCUGCGAGCGGAGCCCUACCCAACGUCCCGGUAUGGUAGUCAGUGCAUGCAACCCAACAACAUCAUGGGCAUCGAGAACAUUUGUGAACUGGCGGCCAGGAUGCUCUUCAGCGCGGUAGAGUGGGCCAGGAAUAUCCCCUUCUUCCCAGACCUUCAGAUUACAGACCAGGUUGCCCUCCUGAGGUUGACCUGGAGUGAGUUGUUUGUGCUCAAUGCCGCGCAGUGCUCCAUGCCGCUCCAUGUGGCUCCACUUCUGGCGGCGGCUGGCCUUCACGCCUCCCCUAUGUCUGCGGACAGAGUGGUGGCCUUUAUGGACCACAUUAGGAUCUUCCAAGAACAAGUGGAAAAGCUUAAAGCUUUACACGUUGACUCUGCUGAAUACAGCUGCUUAAAGGCCAUCGUGCUAUUCACUACAGAUGCGUGCGGCCUGUCAGAUGUGGCACAUAUAGAAAGUUUGCAAGAGAAGUCUCAGUGUGCCCUGGAGGAGUAUGUUCGGAGCCAGUACCCCAACCAGCCAACUCGAUUUGGGAAGUUACUACUUCGCUUGCCUUCACUGCGCACAGUCUCUUCAUCGGUCAUAGAGCAAUUAUUUUUCGUCCGAUUGGUAGGUAAAACCCCCAUUGAAACCCUCAUCAGGGAUAUGUUGCUUUCGGGGAGCAGUUUUAACUGGCCUUACAUGUCCAUUCAGUAAGCAGAAGGAACGAUCAAAGGGGCUGAGACUACACUAGUUAGCGCUUCUUUUGUAGAAGAAAACGGCUGUUACACGAGUUUACUCUCACGAAGAAAGACAUUUUCAUAGAUGACUGUGAAUUUUAGAAAUGAGACAUUCUGCGAACUUUAAAAAAUCCAGACAAAAGCUCCAGUGUCAUUCUGAACAACUUGUUCCUAUCCUUUUUUGUACAAAAAUGAAAAAAGGAAAAAAAAAAGAGAAGAAAAGAAUAAAAGGAAACACAAAUGAGUUGGAUUUUGAUAAUCCUUUGGGGAAAGCGCAGCUCGAAAGUGCAUUUAAAACAUGAAUUUGGAAAAAAAAACUUAGGGGAAAGAAAAGGUUUUUUUCUUUUCCAAACAACUAUAUUGUCCUGUGUCCAUGUAUCUAUAGCUGUUUUGUACUUUUCUUUUGUUUCUUCUUUAUGGUUCCAAACCGGCCUAUGUGAUUCUGUAGUAUGCAGUUGUUUUUUUCUCUAAUUCAUGACUUCCUAUGAAACAGUUAAGUAAUGUAAAAACGUUCUUCAAGAAUUAAAACGUAAUCCACAGCAAUAUAGGAGAAAAGGUUAUGCUUAAUGCUGCAAGCGCACUUACGCAUUUGAUGGUCCACAAUGAAGACUGGCAGGGUAAUUUUAAUUGGGAUUCAGGUUAACUUUCUGACUCACCUAAAUGAAUAUGUUCUCUUUCUAAAUGAGACAAUUGUCUCAAUAACGCAGGGUGUACCUGUUCAUAUCAUUGUCGUGGUUCCUUGGACACCCGAAACACAUACCGCCUGAAACUUUAAUGAGACCUGAAUUUUUACAGCAGUCGUCCUACAGUUUUACACUGCGUUCAGAUGGAUAAGCCCCUCGGUCGAUCCAAAAGUAUUAAUCUACCUUGGUGACCAAUCAGAAUAGAACAAAUUAUUCUACCAACUCUCGAUCCAUCAAGGCAUUAGGUUGGUAGCAGCACUGAUGCAAAAAAGUGGCUUUACAAGUUGAUGUCAGAUUACACCUGUUAAUAUUAUCUGACAUCUUUAAGACAUGUAGAACCGAUAUGAUAAGACAUCAUCGGUGAAAACAAAUGCUUAUUUAGGAUUUAGUGAAAGAGGACGAAAGGUCAAUGGUCAUCACUUCUUACAUUUUGAGUCUGGAAUAUUUUGAAGAACAGUAUUAUUACGACAUCCCUGAAUAUGUCCCCCUCUACACUUCAAGCAUUAAAGUGCCUGUCAAGCGCAAAAACGACUAAUUUGUCAUUGAAAUAUAUUUAGGUAGAGGCAACAUCGGGAACACGGUUAGGGUGGUAAAGUCAGUCUUAAGAUUGUGUAUUUCACUUGAAACACAACAAUUAGAAGCAGUAUUGUUGUAAAUAUAGGUCAAUUCAUUUCAGUUUUCUUUAUACAAAGUAUAUGUGAUUAAGAAAAAAAAAACUGUGGUUGCCAUUUUUUUUCGGUAAUACAAAUGUCUUCAAAUUGAGUGGCAGAAUUAGCUAGUAGCACUGAAAGUUCUGUUUGUAAUGUAUAUACAUAUUACGACAAAAUGUUUUUUUUUCUUUUUUUUCAUGUAUUUAGACUGUGAAUGCAUGGCCACAGGUCGCUAACCUAUUUUACCUUUGAUAUAUAUAAAUGUAAAUGUUUUUGACUGUAUAGAUAUAAUCUGUGCAUUCAGUACAUUAGCCCUUGUAUUUAAAAGAAGAAACAAAAUCGUUCAAUAAUAGGCUAAGACUUAACAGGGUGAGCUGGUUUGGAGAGGGGUAGCUAUUUUGAUUUAGUGUUCUGCUCCUUUUUGGUCUGUAACAGAUGCCUUGUGUGUGUGUGUGUGUGUGUGUGUGUGUGUGCGCGUGUGCGUGUGUGUGCGCGCGUGUGUGCGUGUACGCGUGCAUGUGUGCGUGUAUGUGUGUGUAAGCUUGCAAUUUCGUACUUGUUUUGAGGCUUUUCUUCAACACACAAGACACCAUGUUGUGGUUGGAUAAAAAGGGAUCAUAUUGUGUAGUUGAUUGAACAGUUAUCCUGGGCUGUUCUCAUGCCACAUAUGGACCAGAGAAUGAUACAUGAUUGUAAUUAUGAACAGUUUAAACUGACCCACGUUUUUAUAAAAAUAUAUAAAAUAUAUUACUGCAGGGUAUUGAUAACGUAUAGAUACUUUUUUUAUUAUUAUUAUGAUUAUUAAUUGCAAGUGAUAUACGUGAGUGUGUGUGGAAGUUUAUAGUUGAAAACAAUUCUUGUUUGUUUGUGUUAGCUUAUUGUAAACAAGCAUUCUGCUGUACAUUUGUUCUUGGUAUUAAAUUAUAAUUUAUGAAUUUGAAAUCAAAAA